CGGGCCCUUCCCCCGCCAGGACCUGCUUCCGGCGGGUGUUGAGCUUGCGUUUCCUUAGACCCGGCGCGAUGGGCAAGAAGGGCAAGAAAGAAAAGAAGGGCCGUGGGGCCGAGAAGACGGCCGCCAAGAUGGAGAAGAAGGUGUCCAAGCGCUCGCGGAAGGAAGAGGAAGACCUUGAAGCUCUGAUAGCCCAUUUCCAGACACUAGAUGCUAAAAAGACUCAGAUUGUAGAAACACUGUGUCCCCCACCUUCUCCCAGGUUAAACGCAUCAUUCUCUGCUCAUCCUGAGAAAGAUGAGUUGAUUCUUUUCGGAGGUGAAUAUUUCAAUGGCAAAAAAACGUUUUUGUACAACGAGCUUUAUACCUACAAUAUCAGAAAGGGUACAUGGACUAAAGUUGAAAUCCCUAAUCCACCUCCCCGGCGCUGUGCUCACCAGGCCGUGGUGGUGCCUCAGGGCGGUGGACAGCUGUGGGUUUUUGGAGGGGAGUUUGCCUCUCCUGAUGGGGAGCAGUUCUACCACUAUAAGGAUCUCUGGGUGCUGCACUUGGCCACCAAGACCUGGGAGCAAGUCAGAUCUGCAGGGGGCCCUUCAGGGCGGAGUGGACACCGGAUGGUAGCCUGGAAGAGACAGUUGAUUCUCUUUGGCGGUUUCCAUGAGAGUACAAGAGACUACAUCUAUUACAACGAUGUGUACACCUUUAAUCUGGACACCUUCACGUGGACCAGGCUAUCUCCCUCGGGGAUGGGGCCCACCCCAAGGUCUGGCUGCCAGAUGUCCGUCACUGCCCAGGGUGGCAUCAUCAUGUACGGAGGCUACUCCAAACAGAGAGUCAAGAAGGAUGUGGACAAGGGCACCCUGCAUUCAGACAUGUUUCUGCUGAAGUCCGAAGAUGGAAAAGAAGGCAAGUGGGCCUGGACACGAAUGCACCCCUCGGGAGCCAAGCCCACCCCGAGGUCUGGCUUUUCAGUGGCCAUGGCCCCAAAUCAUCAGACAGUGCUCUUCGGGGGUGUGUGUGAUGAGGAAGAGGAAGAGACCCUGGAGGGCGAUUUCUUCAAUGACCUGUAUUUCUACGACACUGUCAGGAACCGCUGGUUUGCGGGACAACUCAAGGAACCCAAGUCUGAGAAGAAGAGGCGGCGGCGUGGCAGGAAAGGGGAGCCCCGAGGUGGUGACGAGCAGGCAGGAGAGGAACCCAGCCCUCAGGAGCCCCUGGAGGUGGUCCGAGAGGUGACUACUGAGGACGGGACUGUGAUCACCAUCAAGCAGGUGCUCCCUGCGCCAGGCAUAGCAGGAGGGCCACCAUCUGAUGACGAGGAUGGUGUGGAGGAGGCCGGGCCGCCCGUGGUUGCACCAAGUCCCCGCUCCAACGCCAUGCUGGCUGUGAAACAUGGGCUGCUCUAUGUCUAUGGGGGCAUGUUCGAGGCGGGUGACCGCCAGGUCACUCUCAGCGACCUCUAUUGCCUUGACUUGCAGAAGAUGGAGGGGUGGAAGGCCCUGGUGGAGAUGGACCCAGGCACUCAGGAGUGGUUGGAGGAGACUGACACAGAGGAGGAAGAUGACGAGGUGGACGACGGAGAUAACGAGGAGCAAGAGGACGACACGGGAGAGGAGAGCAGUGAGGAGGGCACAGAUGAAGGGCCCCCACCGGUGGAGCACGCUGAGAGCUACGCAGAUUACCUGCCCAGGACAGAGCGGCACUGGGUGGUACGGGCCCGCAAGAGCUUGGGCCCUGAUGCCAAGGAGAAGAAAGUGCUGAGAACUGCUCACGCAAUGGCAAAAACGUUUUUCAAUGACUCGGUUCCAGACCCUACCCUGAGGCAGAAGUCAGACUGAGUGGAGUGAAUGGAAUUCCCUUAGCAUCACUGGGUGUUUCAAAAAAUAAACUGGACUGGUCACGAGGUGGCCACAAAGAUGGUUUUGUACAGUGCCAGUUCCGCCAGCAGUCCUGGCACUUGGAGCCUUUCCUCCUGUAGGGGGGUCUGUGCAGUGCGGAAGCAUGUGGCAGCACCAGUCUUCACUGGCUGGAUGGAGGGCAACGCCUUGCCCGGGAACGGCCCACAGGAAGGGUCUUCUAUGCUAACGCCUCACUGUGCUGUGCUUCGUGUGUAUGGGGAGGGGUCCUUUUGAGAACAAGAAGUUUUUACAGAAGAGUGUUCUGCUCAGCCACAUAUCAUCACCCUGGAGAAUCUCUUUGGUUUCUAAAAAUUAGCAAAACACUUUCCUCGUAACCUUUAAAUAAAGCACCUUUUGGCUGGGCCAGCCUGCUCCUUCCGUUCCACUUGGUUUUGCUCUCUGGGUAUCACAUAAAGUGUUCUUGGGUGUUGGGUUACCAGGCUCUUUGAGACUCCUCCCAGCUUACCCUUGUUGGAGGGAAGUGGGGUAGUAUCUUUCUAGUCCUUCCCCUUGGGCUGAAGGCCAUCCGCACGCGGUACUGCACAGCGAAACCAGGCUCUUCGGGAGGGAGCUGUGAUGUGUUAGCUUGCCAAAGGAACCUGCCCAAGGCUGAUGACCAAAGGCUGCUUCCAUUUGCUUAAUUGGGGGUCAAAAGUCAGGCCUUGAAAUCACACCUGGUGCAGUUUUUUUCCAUUUCAUCUUAGUUUUCAUAUUAGUGUAGAUAUUCUUAGUUUUCAAUAAUGGGGUGGAUAUAAUCUCAGUCAUUCCAUUGAUUACUGUGAUAUUUACUUUAAAAAAGCAUCCUUCGGCCAAAGCAAGAGAAUAGUGGGCAUGCCCACUUCCUGACAGAGAGGGCUUGGGCCUGUGGAAGCUUUAAUGGGGGAAGGAUGAGGGACUGAUUUGCUCCACCAAACCCCUGUCUUCUCAUGGUGCUGGAACGGCCCAGAGUUGGUGUCACCUGGAGCCACCCCACUUACCUGAAACCCAUGGCUGGGUGGCCCGAAGGGCCAGAGGCUGCAAAAGUGCCAGCUCUUCUGAGGAUAGUCUCAGGAACAGCCAGUCCUGCCUGUCUGCAGCAGCAAGUCCUGAGCCCUCCUGUGUGUGGCUCAGGCAUCGCGCGUUAGGGCAGUGUGUCCCCCACCAAGGCUGGGGCUCUGGUCAUUGUGGGAGAGGCAAGUCAGGUGUCACUCAGAGUGGCAACAUCAGCUACCCUCCUGGGACUUAAACAAUGGUGUGCAGUUUGUGCUUGGUGAACGCAUAUGGGUGUGCGUCAGGUUUAACAUCUUUAUCUGUGAUCCCUUCCCUGCAGUGUUGGGUAGUCACCAUCUUUUUCUGUAAAUGUUCUGAACUGAGUCCAGCUGAAACAUCAUGAGGUGGGGCUGAAAAGUUGGGGUGAAUGCAACAGUUGGCCCACGUGUCUGGCCACUGAAGCCCUUCCAGAACUUAAAGCAUUCCACUGAGACCCCUGUCACCCCCAUUCACCCUGCCUACUUCUGACCUCAGUGCUUAGGCUGGGUAGCUGCUGCUUUCGGAGGAAGGAACCAGAAAGUCUGUCGUACCAACACAUUUGUCUGAUAUCGGAGACCAGUCGUCUCAGAGCAGUCUGUAACUGGAUGUGAUUUGAGGGAGAAGAUAGUUUUGACUCAACCAAGUUGAAAGACUUUUUUAAAAAACCCAAGUAACAGACAAGCCUCUGAGCUUCACUGCCAUGACCACAGGCUGGUGGUAAAGAUCCCAUUUGCGCGAAGGAGGCCAAUCAGAACCAGUGAAGAUUAAAUGAACAGGUUUCUGGAACAUGAGCCACCUCUGCUAUUUAAUUUCUGUGAUGACACCACCAGUAAAGGCAUACCUUCAGUGCAGAACAGCAGAGGAGAAGUAAAAAUAAUGAUGUAGGGAAGGAGGCAGGGCCAAGAUGGCAGAGUAGUCACAUGUUUCAUGUGGUCCCUCUUAGAACAAAGACUCAAAAAAAAAAAAAAAAAUGAAUAUAUGUGACAAUCUUGGAGUCCUGAACAUCAAAGACAAAGUUGAGUUGGACUGAGCAGUAGGGGGAGAGAGAAACAGUGCAGAAACAGCGAGGACUUGCCAGACUUGACCUGGCCAACGCCCUGCAGGCUGGAUUGGCCAGCGCUCACGGACUGAGACAAGCAGUUUCACUCAGGAUGCGUUUUCCACACCAGGAGAAACUGAGCGAUGGAAAGUCUACACAGGCCUUUCAGAACCAGGGUACAGCAGCACUAGAUCUGUGAAAAUUAAGUACAAGCAUCUAACCUACCACAUGGGAUCAAAAAAACCCUUCCCUCUCUGAGAAGUACCUUUCUCCCAUUGAGCCACCCCCUACCUGCUCUGCUGCAGUCCUGGUCGGGCUUCGGUGAUCGCCACGCCCCCUGGGCCAGAAGUGGAAUCUGUCAUGUGCCCCAAGCCAUUCUCCCAGCUUUGGAGAGGGAACAACAUAGAAAUAGCAAACAGAAAAAAAUGAUUUGCUGGCUCCCCUAAACCAAGAGCUAAGAGCAGGCACAGCCCCUUUGCCUAGGCACAAUCAUAACGGGUCAGCAGACUUUGAAUGCCUUUCAUAAUUGCGUAGACCUGUGUGGGCCCGUUUCAACAGGGUAGGCCCUCAUUACCACAGUACAACAGGGUACAUACCUGAAGCCUAUUUUCAGCUGCAGCAGCUAAGGGAGAUUGGCAGAUUCGUGACAUUUGACAUCGCCCUACACAUUAAGCAGGGUCCUCACCCUCCCACAUCAGAGGCCUAAGGACUAGGGUCUCUACCCACUUCACCGAGCCACCCAAGGCAGGGAUCUGAGAAUAGGUGGUGCUUCCCAGUCCUUAUAACCAACAGCAUGGGGUGCUCAAAGUUUCACUGCAAAACCCAGUCACCUGUGUGCUUUAGGGAACAGGGACACACCUUCUACCUAAGCACUCAGGGGCAGCUAUCAGCCCCCUACCUUAGCACAUAACCCACUACUGCAGCCAGAUACCUUUGCCUGCUUCAAUCACCCCUACAUAGCCCUGCCCAUCUAGGACUGUAGGUGAGAGCCUACACCACACAUUCAGUGACUCAUGACCUGAACACCUGAGGUGAAUCCACACAAGAAAAUUAAAUGGACUCCUGUACUCAUACCUAGUAGCAGCUUUAACCACCUGGUGACAGGAUGUAAGAACUUCAAAGACACCAAUAAUCAGAGUAGCUCACAUGACCAGUCUAUUUGGGCAUAUCAGAACAAAACAAAAAGCUAAGAGUACCCAAAAACCCAAACCAAACCCAGUGCUGUCGAGUUGAUUCUGACUCAUAGCGACCCUAUAGGACAGAGUAGAACUGCCCCGUAGGGUUUCCAAGGAGCGCCUGGCGGGUUUGAACUGCCAACCCUUUGGUUAGCAGCUGUAGAACUUAACCACUACACCACCAGGGUUUCCAAGACUCAGUAAGCAAACAUAAAUAAAUAUAACUUACUGAUGGCUUGGAGACAAUAGUCAGUAUCAAAUCACAUCAAGAGGCCAACCAGGAUGCCUCCAGCAAGUGACUAAAACAACUGAGAAACCUCCCAGAGGAAGAUAAGAUCUUGGAGUUACUGGAGGUAGAAUUCAGAAGAUUAAUAUACAGAGCUCUUCAAGAGAUCAGGAAGGCGAUCAGGCAAAAUGCAGACCAGGCCAAGGAACACACAGACAAAGCAACAGGGGAACUUAGGAAGACUAUACGAGAGUAUGACAGAUUUAACAGGCUGCAAAAAUCCAUAGAGAGACAGCAAAUAGAAAUCUAAAAGAAAAUAAAAUUUCAGAAUUAGUAGAAACUUAUAGAAGCAGAAUUGAGGCAAUGGAAGUCAAUCAGUGAGAUUGAAGAUAAAGCGCUUGACAACAAUUUAUUUGAGGAAAAAUCAGAUGAAAGAAUUUUAAAAAGUGAAGAAACUCUAAGAAUUAUGUGGGACUCUAUCAAGAGAAAUAAUCUACAAGUGACUGGAGUACCAGGAUGGCGGGGCAGGGCGGGGAAUAACAGAAAAUACAGAGAGAGUUGUUGAAGAUUUGUUGGCAGAAAACUUCUGUGAUAAUUGUGAAAGAUGAGAAGAUACCUAUCCAAGAUGCUCAUCGAACCCCACACAGGGUACAUCUCAAAAGAAAGUCACAAAGACAAACUUGCCAAAACCAAAGAUAAUGACAGAAUUUUGAGAGCAGCUAAGAAUAAACAAGCCAUCUACAAAGGAGAGUCAGUAAGACUAAGCUUUGACUACUUGGCAGAAAUCAUGUAGGCAAGAAGGCAAUGGGAUGACAUGUAUAAAGCAUUGAAGGAAAACAAAAUUGCCACCCAGGAAUUAUAUAUCCAGCAAAACUGUCUCUCAAAUGAUGAUGAAAUUAGGGCAUUUACAGGCAAACACAAGUUUAGGGAAUUUGUAAAAACAAAAGCAAAAUUACAAGAAAUACUAAAGGGAGUUCUCCGGUUAGAGAAUAACAUCAGACAACAACCCAAGACUAAAACACAGGACAGAACAACCAGGUAUCAACCCAGAUAGGAAAGUCACAGAAAUAAAUCAAAGCUAAACACUGAAAAUAGGGAAACAGACAUCAAUUUGUAAAAGAUGACAACAUUAAAACAAAAAAAGGACUAAAUAAUGUAGUCAUAGAACUUUCGUAUGGAGAGGAAGUCAAGGCAAUAUCAAGAAAUAAAAGAUUGGCAUAAAUUUAGAAAAACAGGUAAUUACUAAUGUAACCACAAAGGAAACUAAUAAUCCUGCACAUCAAAAUAAAAAGCAAGAAAAACAAAGACUCAGCAAUUAUGAAAUCAACAACAAUGAAAAAAAAAGUAAAGAAAAUACAUAAAGAAAAAUACAUAAA